UACUGGAGAUGAGAUGAGAUAAGAGAGGUUAGUUCAGAGAAAGAGGAAGAGGAAGAUAGAGAGGGAGAGAAUGGGGAGGAGGGCGUGCAGUGCGAAUGAAGGGGUGAAGAGAGGGGCAUGGACGAGCAAGGAGGACGAUACCCUGGCUUCCUACGUCAAGGCGCAUGGCGAAGGGAGGUGGAAGGAAGUCCCCCUGAAAGCCGGUCUGCAGCGGUGCGGCAAGAGCUGCCGGCUGCGGUGGCUCAACUACCUCCGGCCGAGCAUCAAGCGGGGCAACAUCUCCGACGACGAGGAGGAGCUCAUCAUCAGGCUCCACAGGCUCCUCGGUAACAGGUGGUCGCUCAUCGCGGGCAGGCUGCCCGGCCGAACAGACAACGAAAUCAAGAACUACUGGAACAGCACCCUUGGGCGGAAGGUGCUCCCCGCGCGACUGGACACCACUAGGAUGGUCGCUUCGCCCGGCGCCUCCGCCGGCUCCUGCUCCUCUACAGGCGCGGCGACAUCCGCGCUGUCCUCUAACUGCGGGGCUGGUACAAGUGCCAAGGCUGCGGCGCCCCCGUUGUCGAUCGCGGUGUGGGCGCCCAAGCCCGUGAGGUGCACGGGCGGCCUCUUCUUCGGCCGGGACGCGCCGCCCCCGCCGGUCACGGAGACGCGCGCCGUGGGUGGAGACGGAGAUGAGUGCAGCGGCAGCAGCUUGGGGGCAUCGUCGGGCGGUGGCGACUGGAUGGACGACGUUAGAGCCUUGUCGUCGUUUCUUGAGUCCGACGAGGACUGGGUCAACUCCCUGCAGAUGGCAGAUUAACUUUUCAGCACGUGCACGUUUAUCACUACGUACGAACAGGAAUUUGUAUUGUAUGUACAAAUAUACGAUACAGCUCCAUGUAGGUACGUUGGCUUCGUGCUGAG